GACGAGACAGAGCUCUCCUUUGCCGAACUGCUGACCAAAAGGGGAAGUUAGAAUCAGUCAGAACAUUAUGCGUGAAUGCAUCUCUGUCCAUGUCGGACAAGCUGGAGUUCAGAUUGGCAAUGCAUGCUGGGAGCUUUUCUGCUUGGAGCACAGCAUCCAGCCAGAUGGUACAUUUCAGAGCCAACCCAACAAGUUUACAGACGACGAUUCUUUUACUACAUUCUUCAGUGAAACGUGCAUGGGGAAACGUGUGCCACGGGCUGUCAUGGUGGACCUGGAACCCACUGUAGUAGAUGAAGUGAGGGCGGGCACCUACCGCCACCUUUUUCACCCCGAACAGCUGAUUGCUGGCAAGGAAGAUGCGGCCAAUAACUACGCUCGUGGCCACUACACGAUCGGCAAGGAGUGCAUCGACAUGGUCCUCGAUCGUAUUCGUAAACUGACUGAUUCCUGCUGUGGUCUACAAGGAUUCCUGAUUUUCCACAGCUUUGGUGGGGGCACAGGCUCUGGAUUCACCUCCUUGCUAAUGGAACGCCUGUCGGUGGACUAUGGCAAGAAGUCCAAGCUGGAGUUUGCCAUCUAUCCAGCCCCGCAGGUUUCCACUGCCGUGGUGGAGCCCUACAACUCCAUCCUGACCACCCACACCACCCUGGAGCAUUCCGACUGUGCCUUCAUGGUGGACAACGAGGCCAUCUACGACAUCUGCCGUCGCAACCUGGAUAUUGAGCGCCCCACCUACACCAACCUGAACCGUCUCAUCAGCCAGAUCGUCUCCUCCAUCACAGCUUCCCUGCGCUUCGACGGUGCCCUCAACGUGGACCUGACCGAGUUCCAGACCAACCUGGUGCCUUACCCUCGCAUCCACUUCCCGUUGGUGACCUACGCUCCUAUCAUCUCCUCCGAGAGGGCCUACCAUGAGCAGCUCUCUGUGGCAGAAAUCACCAGCGCUUGCUUUGAGCCCAACAACCAGAUGGUGAAAUGUGACCCCCGCCAUGGGAAGUACAUGGCCUGCUGCAUGCUGUACCGUGGGGAUGUCGUGCCCAAAGACGUUAAUGUGGCCAUUGCUGCCAUCAAGACCAAGAGGUCUAUCCAAUUUGUGGACUGGUGCCCAACUGGAUUCAAGGUUGGCAUCAACUAUCAGCCUCCCACCGCAGUCCCCGGGGGUGACCUGGCCCAAGUGCAGAGAGCUGUUUGCAUGCUCAGCAACACCACAGCGAUCGCCGAGGCUUGGGCCCGGCUGGACCACAAGUUUGACCUGAUGUAUGCCAAGCGGGCUUUCGUCCACUGGUAUGUUGGCGAAGGCAUGGAGGAAGGAGAGUUUUCCGAAGCCCGAGAAGAUUUAGCUGCACUGGAGAAGGACUAUGAGGAAGUUGGGAUGGACUCCUGCGAAGAGGAAAAUGAUGGAGAAGAAUUUUAAAAUACAGUUUUGCUUUUGACUGUGCCUGAAGGCAUCUCAGUGGCACUUCUUU